AUGGCGGCCCUGUGUCGGCUCCUAGAGUGUCUCCUCUGGCCGGAUCGCAAGGAAGAACGGGCCGAGAAGGAGGAGGAGGCGGGGCUCGGAGUCCCCGACGGGCCCCACUAUCUCCUGGCUGCACCGCGAUGCACCCAGAGGCCACACGGGGGUGGCGCAGCCUCGGGGAGCCUGCGUUUCGGGGCUAGCGCCGCGCAGGGCUGGCGCGCGCGCAUGGAGGACGCGCACUGCGCUUGGCCCGCGUUACCCGGGCUGCCCCCGGGCUGGGCUUUCUUCGCGGUGCUCGACGGCCACGGCGGGGCGCGAGCCGCCCACUUCGGCGCGCGCCACCUCCCUGGCCACGUGCUCAAGGAGCUGGGCUCGGCGCCCUCCGAGCCCGAGGGUGUGCGGGGGGCGCUGCGCCGAGCUUUCCUGAACGCCGACGAGCGCCUGCGUGCUCUCUGGCCGCGUGGCGAAGCCGGUGGCUCCACAGCGGUGGCGUUGCUCGUCUCCCCGAGCUUUCUGUACCUGGCUCACUGUGGAGACUCCCGUGCAGUGCUGAGUCGCGCCGGCGCCGUAGCCUUCAGCACCGAGGACCACCGGCCUCUCCGGCCGCGGGAACGCGAGCGCAUCUACGACGCGGGUGGCACCAUCUGCCGCCGGCGCGUCGAAGGCUCCCUGGCCGUGUCACGAGCUCUGGGCGACUUUGCCUACAAGCAGGCUCCAGGGAGGCCCCCUGAGCUGCAGCUGGUUUCUGCGGAACCUGAGGUGGCUGCGCUAGCUCGCCGGGGUGAGGACGAGUUCAUCCUCCUGGCCUCUGACGGCGUGUGGGACGCGAUGUCUACAGCUGCCCUGGCAGGACUGGUGGCAUCGCGCCUCCGUCUAGGCCUGGCCCCGGAGCUUCUCUGCGCGCAGCUGUUGGACACGUGUCUGUGCAAGGGUAGCCUGGACAACAUGACCUGCAUCGUGGUCUGCUUCCCAGGGGCCCCCAGGCCUUGUGAGGAGGCCAUCAGGAGGGAGCUAGCGCUGGAUGCAGCCCUGGGCCAGAGAGUUGCUGAGCUGUGUGCCUCUACUCAGGAGCUCCUCAGCCUAAACACAGUCUUCAGGACUCUGGCCUCUGAGGACAUCCCAGAUUUACCUCCUGGGGGAGGCCUACACUGCAAGGCUGCUGUCAUCGCUGAAGCUUAUUCUCGGCUCCACCAAGCCUCAGAAGAGUGUUGUAAGAAGGUGCAGGGUGGGGCUGGGGAGCCCCCAGUUCUUACUUGAACUCUGCCUUGGACUUGGAAGCCUGACUGUUGUUCAUUGGGACCUGGCUGUCAGCUCAAAGGGGGCCAAGAGACCAAACAAGAAAAUUACCCCCUUCCUACCUCCAUGGACCAGCAGAAGAAAGACAAGCCCGUGGAGAAACCCCACAAUACUCUUUUUCCCUUUCUCUUACUUCCUCCUCACAGAAAAGACUUAGGAGAGGGAAAUUCCACACCAUCCAGACCCCCCAAAAAAAAAAAAAC